UGCCGUUUUUAUGUCGGCAGUACUAUGUUUCGUGUUCUUUAAUGAAGCAUUAGCGGCGGCAGCUGUUACGACUUUUAAUGUUGUCGACUUAGGAGCGAAACCCGACGGCGAAACGGACGCGGCCGAGAUUUUUCAACGGGCGUGGUGUGCAGCUUGUCGGUCCCCGGAUCCGGCCAAGAUUUACGUGCCGGAGGGAAUGUUUUUGAUCCGGCAAGGAUAUUUUAGCGGCCCUUGCGAGAACAACAACAUUGUCUUUGAAAUUUGGGGCACCCUUGUUGCUCCUUCCGAUUACAACGUCAUCGGCAAUGACAAUAACUGGCUGGCGUUUGAACAUGUCGAUGGAAUUGCCAUCCGCGGCGGCAAACUUUACGGCCAAGGCGCCGGCCUCUGGGCUUGUAAGGAUUCCGGCAAGAAAUGUCCCAAGGGCGCAACGAACUUGAGAAUUACAAACGCAAAAAACGUUGUCGUCACUGGGUUGCUUUCCUUAAACAGCCAAAUGUUCCACGUCGUGGUCAACCGGUGCAGUAGGGUAACGAUGCAAGACAUUGAAAUCAAGGCCUCCGGAGACAGUCCCAACACAGAUGGAAUUCACGUUCAAUUGUCAUCUGAUGUUACUAUACUCAACUCUAAAAUAACAACUGGAGAUGACUGCAUCUCAAUUGGACCGGGUACAAAAAACUUGUGGAUGGAAAAUAUUUUAUGUGGACCUGGACAUGGUGUUAGCAUUGGGAGUUUGGGCAAGGACUUAAAAGAAAAAGGGGUGCAGAAUGUGACGUUGAAAAGAGCUACGUUCAAGAACACACAAAAUGGAGUGAGAAUAAAAGCUUGGGGUAGACCAAGUAAUGGGUUUGCCAGAAAAAUCGUUUUCAAAGAUAUAAAAAUGACCAAUGUCAAAAACCCCAUCCUCAUCGAUCAAAACUACUGCCCAGGCAACAAAAAUUGUCCGGGUCAGGCUUCGGGAGUGAAAAUUAGGGACGUAACGUACCAGAACAUUAAGGGAACGUCUGCAACAAAGGUAGCGGUGAAGUUCGAUUGUAGCAAGAAGAACCCUUGCAAGAAAAUAAGAAUGAGAAACAUAAAGCUGAGGUUCAAAAAGAAAGGGGCUACAGCUUCUUCUUCUUGUGCAUACGCUGCGGGAAAGACUUAUGGCCAAAUCCAGCCUUCCAGUUGUCUCUAG